AAAAACAUUUUUGUAUUUUUUUCAACAUUAUUCCUUUGUCAUUUUUAUCACAAUGCCGAAACAUCGUAAAAAUCAAAACUGGAAAUCACGUAAUCAAAUAGACAGCUUUCAGAUACGGCCUUAUGACACUGAACCAUUCAACUGUGGUCAAAAUUUUGAUUAUUCCCAAUAUUACAAUGAUCCCAUCCCAAUUCAAUUGUCUUCUGGUGUAGUCAAAGAUAAAAAAGUUAAUAAAAAUGUCGAAGUAAAAAUUACACUAGAAAACAAUAAUGAACUAAGGACAAUAAAAAGGGAAGAUUUAUAUAGAAGUCCUGAAGUGCAAACAUAUAAGCAUAAUAAUAGAUUCCUCAGUUAUAAAUUAAGUAAUUUAAAAAACGAUAUGAAGUAUUGGAGAAAAGAAGAAGAUAUGCCUAUCACUCCAGAAGUGCCGGAGAAAGGGAAGUCAAGAAGAAGGAAUAAUAAAAAAAAGAAUGAAUUUGAAAAGAAAUUAAAUAAAAUGCUUGCAAAACCAACUGAGAUAAGCAAGGGUAAAAGUAUGUUGGAAAAAAUGGGAUGGAAAGGCGGUGGCCUCGGUAAAGAUGGAGCAGGAAUAUUGGAACCAAUAAUACCAAAAGUAACUUAUGCGACGAAGACGUUCGGUCUCGGUCACGUGACAGAACCAGAACAGGUCGAAGAACGCGACGACGAUCUGGAGUUCAAUAACUAUUUCCGAACGAAUGUACUGUUACACAUACUGGGAUUUAUUAAAAACGAUCUGGAAGUGGAUCUGUUGUUCGAUGCCGCACUGUGGAGGUGUGAAAGGAAACGGGUACAUAACAUCGUUCAGGAGUUAGGGAAAUGUGAAAUUGUAGAAGAGCUGGCGUACGAUAAUCCAAUUGAUACGGCAAUAGCCGGUGAUAUCAUUAGAGAUAAUAUGUAUUUGUUGGUCACGAAGAGCGCCGGGAAGGCCCCCAAUCGACAAUUAUGCCUGUUCAAGGACGCGCCUGCGCAUAUUUACCUCAUCGUACCGGAUGAUCUGAAAGACGUUGUAGUCGACGAGAAAAGCAACAAGAAAUACGUUAAAAUAUCGAAAAAAGAAUCUGAAAUCGAACGGUUCACGAAGCAAGUGAAAGCUCUCGACGUUAAAAACGACGAGACAAAUUCAAAUCAACGGACGAAAUCUGAAACAGUUGCUCCGAGAAGCGUCCUCGGGAAAUUGGUAGAUUAUUUCAAAGAGUUCUCGAAGAACACGAAUUAUACCGAAUAUAGAUUGUUAGGGCCGUUCGAUAACGACGAGGCGGAUGCUAUAAAGUUAUUUUUCGAAAUAUGUUCGAAAAGAGAUACGGCGCGAUGCGACGAGAGGGACGAAUUGUUGGAGGCGCUGAAUGAUGCUCUAUUGCAGUUUGAAGUUAAAGAAGAUCGGGACGGUCGACUUGUAAUUUACAAGCACGAAAGGACUCAUCAAUUACAGCCACAAGAAAAUAUGUUUAUUUAAAAAUUAAUUGUUAAUUUUAUCAUUAGUAUUAAAUAUUUAUUUAUACCGGUAAAGAAAACACAAACAGUGUCUACCGAGGAGAUUCUGGGCCACCACCUUAAAGUGGUGAUCUAUAUAUAUUAGAGAAAUGGAUAGGUCAGCUUAGGAAGGAAUCCAGAAUCCAACGAUGAUCAAUACUAUCCUUUCUAUUCUUUAUAGUCUAUUCCAAUUCUGCCACAUGUGUAUACCACCAACCCGCACUGGGGCAGCGUGGUGGAAUAUGCUCCAAACCUUCUCCUCACAAGGGCUGCUAAUGUAAUGUAAAUACGUCUCGCGUUAUAUGGUUUUGUUUCAUCCCUAUGUUGACUUGCAGAUUGUUGGAUCGAUUGUCAUUUCAAGUUCUGUAGUGGGUAGGAGUUAAUUAUGCACAUUAUAUAUGCGUGCUAAAAGGGCCAAAGUACCUUUUUGAGUAAAAUGUAAAAUUAAUUUGUC